GUGCACGGUGCACCAACCAGCCAGCGACACUCCCUCAUCCUCAAACUGGACGGUGCAAGGUCUCCCCGGAACUCCCACAGCCGUAGCGGCUGUCAACGUUUAAAAAUUGGGUUUCGGUCCAAUAAUAUGGAAAAAGACGGAUGGAAAUACUGAUGACAGUCCGAAAGAUCGCCUCGAUUUGUACGAUGGGCGCCAAUGCCUCUGCUUUGGAGAAGGAGAUUGGACCAGAACAGUUUCCCGUUAAUGAACACUACUUUGGAUUGGUCAACUUUGGGAACACCUGCUACUGUAACUCUGUGCUGCAGGCCCUCUACUUCUGCCGUCCGUUCAGGGAGAAGGUCUUGGCCUACAAGGUCCAGCCCAGACGUAAAGAGUCACUGCUCACCUGUCUUUCUGACCUCUUCAACAGCAUCGCCACGCAGAAGAAGAAGGUGGGAGUCAUCCCUCCCAAGAAGUUCAUCUCACGUCUGAGGAAAGAAAAUGAACUGUUUGACAACUACAUGCAACAGGAUGCCCACGAGUUCCUCAACUACCUCCUCAACACCAUCGCUGACCUGCUGCAGGAGGAGGAGAAGAGCCAGGAGAGACAGCAGAAUGGAAAACUGUUACAGAACGGAGGAGGAGGAGUUGGGGGCAGCAGCGGGACGGGAGGAGGACAGGGCGAGGAGGGGGAGAAGACACAGCAGACCUGGGUCCACGAGAUCUUCCAGGGAACCCUAACAAACGAGACGCGCUGCCUCAACUGUGAAGCUGUGAGCAGUAAAGACGAAGACUUCCUGGACCUGUCUGUAGAUGUUGAGCAGAACACCUCCAUCACACACUGUCUCAGGGGUUUCAGCAACACAGAGACACUAUGUAGUGAAUACAAGUACUACUGUGAACAGUGUCGGAGUAAACAGGAAGCACAGAAAAGGAUGCGUGUGAAGAAGCUCCCUAUGAUCCUGGCCUUACAUCUGAAGAGGUUUAAAUACAUGGACCAGCUGCAGCGCUACACCAAGCUGUCCUAUCGCGUUGUCUUCCCUCUGGAGCUCCGCCUCUUCAACACCUCAGGUGACGCCACCAACCCCGACCGCAUGUACGAUCUGGUCGCUGUGGUCGUCCACUGUGGAAGUGGUCCAAACCGUGGUCAUUACAUCACCAUAGUGAAGAGUCACGGGUUCUGGCUCCUGUUUGAUGAUGACAUCGUAGAGAAAAUCGACGCCCAGGCGAUCGAGGAGUUCUACGGUCUAACGUCGGACAUUUCCAAGAACUCUGAGUCCGGUUACAUCCUGUUCUACCAGUCCCGGGACUGAACCAGCCAAUGGGAUUUGGACUCAGCAUAGGGAGGGGCUUGGGCUACCACAGGCCCCGCCCAGCCCACCAUCCGUUAUAAAUAUUCAGGCUUUACAGCAGAGCUUUGCACUGUGGAGCAGCAGGAAGACGGAUGGAGGAUCUUCAGCAGACAGGAGCCAACGAUGGCCGAGCAACCCAUCAGUGUGACAGGAUAUGCCUUUAUUGGAGAAGAAGAUCAGCGACCAGGGAUUGUUAUGCUUCGUCAUAGUCAUCAUCAUCCUAGUCAAGAUCAUCCUGAUGGUCUUUCUCUCUAUGAUUUGACGGUAGAUUAGAAAAUAUGUUUGCUUGGCUAGCUCGCCGCUUACAUAGCGUGUCGUCAUUACUGGUGUCCUUGUCAUACAUAGUGCCACUGCGGUGGUGUUAAACAGCAGUUUGGUUGGAUGAAAAGUAGAUCUGCCAUUUCCAGAAUGUUCUCCUCUUCUUUGUUGUUGGUUUGGAGAAUGGGGUGGAGAGAAUAUUUUGGUCCCUUUUUGCAGCUCAGCAGGCCAGUGUUAUAUUAUGGUUUGGAUGCCAAAAGCUGCACAAAUAUCUGUUUUUGAAGGGACACGUGUGCUCUCUUGCUUCCCUCUGGCAACAACAGCAAACUACACCACACGCACUACAAAACGCCUGCCAACCACAUAUGUAUGUUGCCUGUCUCCUAAUCAAGCAAGUUCCUCCAUUGGUGUCAAUGGCAGUGUUUCAAAUGGCACCCUAUUUAUUUAUCUAGUGCACUCCAAACGUACUGCACUAGAUAUGGAGUAGGUUCUCAUUUAGCUCCUCCACUUCCUGUCACCUGAUCUGAACCUUCCAAUCAGAGCCUGUUGUUUUUUGAACGCACAAGUUAACCAAACAUAGCUGCUGUUUGGUAAUGUUCAGUAUGUGUUACACUGCCAGUUGGAGUAAAUAACUUCACUCUUUAUAGUCUACGUCCCAAUAUCUAUACCAGUACACUGCUAAGUAUGCAUGCCCAAUAUAUUCUAAGUAGUAUGCUAGUGCAGAUUUUGGAACGCAACUGAUUUCUCUCAACAGAGAGCAACAUGGAAUAUGGCCCUCUAUUCAUAAAGCUUCUCCGAGUAGGAGUGCUGAUCGAGUAUUGGUUUGGCCAUGUAGAUCGUAACCAAUCAGAUUCUUAUGGACAGGGACCUGAUCCUAGAUCAGAGGUUUUAUGAAUACAGGUCCUGAUCCAUAGCUCUGACAUGGGAGGUGUUUUAUAUUUUGUAUUAGCUCGGACGAGAGUGGGUCCUGUGUUAAGUUGAAUGUACAGUAAGGAACUGGCUUCUCAUUGGUUGGCCCGUACACAGGUCCUGGGGUCUCAACCUAUCCUGACCAGUACUAGUUAUAUAUCUGAACCUCAAAUGGCACCCUAUUCCCUACAUAGUGCACUAUUUUUUACUUUGGCUUGUAGGGUCUCAUAGGCGCAUUUGGAGUGUGGGAGAGUUAAACUCAUUAACUUAGGCCUACUGUAGACCUAUCUACCUAGUAAACACUAGUACACUCCUCUAGCCUAUAGGCUACUAUCUACCUAGUAAACACUAGUACACUCCUCUAGCCUACAGGCUACUAUCUACCUAGUAAACCCGAGUACACUCCUCAGAGCCUAUAUGGUUCUCUCUCUGAGUCACAAAGGAUACCCUGUUUCUCGUGUGUAUUAAACUGUGGUUUGCCCCCUUU